AUGUCUCAACCCCCUGGACGAGUGCGAGCCUUCUUCACGGCCAACUUCACCACCUCCUUCAUCUACCCGCUCAAAGGCAUCUGGUACUUUGCAACGCACCGCUAUCUUCAUCCCCUCAUUCGGAAUCGCAUAAUUCCGCUCACUCUCCUGUCAGCCCUGGUGCUGGUCCUCCUCUUCAUGACGAUCUAUUUGCCGCUCGUGGCCGUCAUGGCAAUUUUUCAUCUCAGCAAAGGCUCGGCCUGGGCGAAUGCCACAUCUCUGGUCCUCGGAAUCGGCACGCUCAUCGUCACCGUUCUCUUCGAGGCUCUGCUGGUCGACAAAACCCAAGUCGACAUUUUCGACGCCGUCAUGGUUGCCGAAGGGUAUGAAACGCUGGUGCGAACUCGCCGCCCAGUCACCGAAGACAUUGACGAGGCCGAUCCGGUGAGAAGGCUUGGAGUGCGGGAACGCGGCGCAACGUUUGCACCUUUCUCCUUCCGCCAGAUUUUGGAGUUCAUCCUUUUGCUGCCUCUGAACUUCGUACCAUUCGUCGGCAUCCCAUUGUUUCUUCUCGCCACGGGAUAUAGAGCUGGGCCGCUGGUCAACUGGAGGUACUUUGCUGUCAAAGGAUUCACCAAAAAGGAGCGGAACGACUUUGUCAAAUCGAAACAACGAAGAUUCGAAUACAUGUGGUACGGUGUUGUCUACAUGAUUCUGCAGCUCGUCCCGGUUCUGAGCAUGAUGUUUCUGCUCACUUCCGCUGCUGGCAGCGCUCUCUGGUCUGUCCAUCUUGAACAAGAGCAACUGCACAAUGGCGCUGUUCAGGAACAAGACGAUCUGACCGCAGACUACACGGAUGAUCCGUGA